AUGGCCAAUUACUCGGCCCCCGUCGAGGGCAUCGCCGGGGGUUAUACCGGCGACAGCCUGGUGAUCCAGGCGGCUCUGGCCUGCUUCCUGGGCUGCGCGCUGUACAGCGCGAUUGAGCUCGUCAUCCUGGUCUUUCUCACCUUUCAUGUCUAUCGGGGCCUCUACUUCUGGAGCCUCCUCGUCUCGACCGCGUUCGGCAUCAUCCCCCAAGCCCUAGGACUGCUGCUGAAGUACUUCAUGCUGGCGCCCAUCUGGAUCCCAGUCACCCUCUCCACGACGGGGUGGGCGAUCAUGGUCACCGGACAGUCGGUGGUGUUAUACUCGCGACUCCAUCUCCUCACAUCCAACCGAAAGGUACUCCGCUUUGUGCGAUACAUGAUCCUCGUCGAUGCCAUCAUCCUCCAAAUCCCGCAAAUCGUCCUCUCCUACGGCGCCGUCUACGGCAGCUUUGUAUUUGCCUUCCUCUACAACAUCUGGGCCAAGGUGCAACUCACGGGCUUCUUCGUGCAGGAGAUCAUCAUCUCCACGAUCUUCAUCGUGCAGACCUUCCGGCUACUGUAUAUGUACCCGCACAGGAGUAAGAGGCGCACGAUCAUCAUGGAGCAGCUACUGGUGAUCAAUACAGCAAUUAUUUUGAUGGAUAUCUCCCUGCUGGCGUUGGAAUAUAUGAAUUUGUUUAUUCUGCAAACGGUGCUGAAGACCUUUUUCUAUACGGUCAAGUUAAAGCUGGAAUUUGCUGUGCUGUCCCGGCUGGUGUCGUUUGUACAUUAUGAUCCGGAGCUCGACUCUUCAACAAUUACGGGUAGACAGCAAUAA